GACCAGGAGGAGGGAGGGAUCAGAAGGAUCCGGAGGAAAAGGUUUGAGAGGGAGGAAGCAGCAGUGGCCGAUUCGGGGAGAAAGACGGAGUAAAGGGAGCCAAAACCUUAAACUUCUUCACCUUUGGAUAUUUAACUGCUGCAGAGGAGCCGCUGGGCAGCGCGUCUGCUCCUGAUUGCGUUGUGGUGUGGAUUAGAUGAACGUGACUUCGUGAUGAGGAGCGAGCCCGUUUUGUUCGCUUCCAGCAGGGCGAUGGAGGAGCUGGUGUCUGAGCUUCGUCUGUUCCUGGACUUGCUGGACCGGGAGUAUCUGAGUGCUGGGAUCAGGGAGAAGAAGGUGCAUCUCUCCAACAUCCUGAACAGGGUACUCUCAGACAAAGAGCCAUCACUCAAGUCCGAGAUCCACAGUGGUCUGCCAGCGCCCCCCCAGAUGCCCCUCCCUGAGAUCCCCCACCCCUGGCUGGCCCCAAGCAACGGCCCUCCUCCAUUGCCAAGCUCCUCACUUCCAGAAGGCUACUAUGAGGAGGCGGUUCCUUUAAGCCCCGGAAAGGCUCCUGAGUACAUCACCUCCAACUAUGACUCGGAUGCGAUGAGCAGUUCCUAUGAGUCGUAUGAUGAGGAGGAGGAGGAUUUGAAGGGUCAGAAGAUGCAUCACCAGUGGCCAUCUGAAGAGGCAUCCAUGGAUCUGGUGAAAGAUGCUCGUAUUUGUGCCUUUCUGCUUCGCAAGAAACGCUUCGGCCAGUGGACCAAACUCCUCUGUGUCAUCAAAGACAACAAACUACUGUGUUAUAAAUCCUCCAAAGACCAAACCCCUCAGAUGGAGCUCACUCUGUCAGGAUGCAGCAUCACUCACAUUCCCAAGGAUGGCAAGAAGAAGAAGAAUGAACUGAAGAUUGUCCACCAGGGGGCAGAUGCCUUGGUGCUGGCUGUGCAGAGCAAAGAACAAGCUGAGGAAUGGCUCAAGGUGAUGAAGGAGGUGUGUGUAAAUGGGAGUACAGACCUGGAGGGGAUAGGAUCUGGUUCACCUGUACACAAACCUGAACUGGAAAAGAGAGCAUCAUGUGACCGACCAAGCUCAGACGGUGAGGCGACCCACGACAACGGGCACAGCGACAACAAAGACCAAGGAAAAAACAAGAAAAACUCCAAGUCUGAGCAGAAAGCUGGAACAGUGGGGAAGGGAGCCAGUAAGAAGAUCACCAAGAUCAUCGGCCUGGGGAAGAAGAAGCCAUCCAUGGAUGAGCAGACGUCUUCUGCAGAAGAGGAUGUGCCCACCUGUGGAUACCUGAACGUUCUGUCCAAUAACCGCUGGCGAGAGCGCUGGUGCCGCCUCAAAGACAACCAGCUGCUCCUGCACAAAGACCGGGACGACCUGAAGAGCCACAUCGCCUCUCUGCCCCUCCGAGGCUGCGAGGUCAACCCCGGCCUGGACCACAAACACCCGUUUGCUUUCCGCCUGCUGCGCAACGGCCAGGAAGUGGCUGUGCUGGAGGCCUCCUCCUCUGAGGGGCUGGGUCGCUGGUUGGGGGUUCUGCUGGCUGAGACAGGCUCCACCACAGACCCAGCCACCCUGCAUUACGACUACAUCGAUGUGGAAACCACCGCCAACGUCAUCCAGCUGGCCAAGCAGUCCUUCUGCUUCACCAGUAAGCGUGCCGUCUCUCCCAGUCCGUACGGGGGAAACCCAGUGAACGGCUACGCCUGUCCCUCUGGGAUGGCCCUGCACUAUGAUGACGUCCCCAUCAACGGAACGGACCCAGAGUUGCAGUACUCCACUCCCACCACUAGAGGGUGCCAGCUGACAGAGGAGCUUCACUAUGAGAAUGCAGAUACGUUUGACAGCAAGCCCGCUCCUAAGCUGGCCUCCCGCUAUCCUCCCAAGGCCUCCUCUCCUCCCUCCUCCUCUGCUGGUCUCUAUAAGAGUCCAGUUUCUAAAGUCUCCUCUAAGUUCCUCGCUGCUGACUCUAGAUCUAAAGAGAGCGCUCAGCUGAAGGGAAAGAAAGGAGCAACGGCAUCCAGACUGAAGGUGGAGCCAAAGAACCAGUCCAAGAAGAAUGGAGUCACUGGGAUGACUGGGACGGCUUCUGUUAAACGCAACAACUCCAAUUCAGAACAGUGCAAAUAUGGCAAGAACCGAGUGGAGGCUGACGCUAAGCGACUGCAGACCAAAGAGGAGGAGCUGAUGAAGAAGAAGCAGGACAUCAGGAACCACCUGACCCAACUGAAGAAGGACAGGAGAGACCUUCGCACCGCUGUGGAGGCUGCUGCCAACGCCGGGAAACGUUCACAGGCGUCGCUGUCGGAGCGCCUGAAGAAGGUGGAGGACGAGUGCAAACAGAAGGAGGAGGAGAGAGUGACCCUGGAGCUGGAGCUGACAGAGGUGAAGGAGAGUCUGAAGAAGGCCCUGAGUGGGGGGGUCACCCUGGGCCUCACCAUUGAACCAAAGGCUGGCUCCUCCUCCGCCCUCCAGUCUCCUGCCACGCUGCGGCGGACUCAGGAGUCCUCCCCCUUCUCCAGCUGUGACACCAGUGACACGGAGUCCCUCUCCCUGCCGGUUAACAGCGCAUCGCUGCUCCGCCGCCAGCAGAGCAGCCAGAAGCCCUCAACGGUCCGAGGACACGUCCUCAGGAAGGCCAAGGAAUGGGAGCAGAAGUCUGGCACAUAAACCCGGAUGGCUCGCCUCCUACUGACUCCACUUCCUGUUUUGUUUCUGCUGAACACACUGUGUAAAUAUUUAUUUAAAAGCGUUCCAACAGCCAGAGUGCCGAGGAGGACACCAGCACAGCGUUGACUUUGAUGCUAAUCGGCUCUCUCAGCAUGCUAACCCGUUUCUGCUAAAGCCACGUCUUCAUUGUUUCUGUUUUCCAGCAGUUUAAAAAGUCACAACCAAGUAUUUAUUUGUACAUUUUUAUAGGAAAUACUUCCCUUUUUAUUUAUGCUGAUAUAUUUAAAAUACUUUAGAGUUUUUUGUAGUAGUUUCACACACAACAGCGUUCUCUACCGGAGGUAUACAGAAGCAGAAGUAUUUGUCUCACUAGAGGGAACCUGCAGCAUGGAGGAGUUCAAACCCUGAUCCCGUCUGCGAUGAUGAUGAUGGCGGUUCUGAUGUGUUUUUAAACACAAUCCUCGUUCAUCAGGACGCUGUUAGAGUCACGGUUUUAAAAAUGUUAACCAUUCCCGCUUUUUUACGUACAGAAUUUUAACAUUUAUUUUAUUAAGCAAAAUAUUUUUGUUUCCAAAACAAAAGAACCACCAAAACGAAGUGGUGCUCACUUUUUGAUACUUUGGGUGAGGAGGUUCUGUGGAGAACACAUUCGACUGUCCGGUAAAAAGUUCUGUUUUCAUGUUUUAAGUCGGGCUUACGUCACCGUUGGGUGUUCCACGUGUAGAUGAGCUCAUCUGUUAAUGGUUCCUGGUGAAACUGGGGUCACACCACAUUGUUGCGCCGCUCACUUUCACACACAAGGCCAUGACUGGAUUCUACUUUACAGGAAGGCCGCCCUUUUAAAUGACCAAUGAAGACAUAAAUGAAAAUGACACACGGGAUAUGUUACAGUGACCCGUUUAGGUGUGUGAGCAGCGUCCUUUAUAAGAAAACUGUACAUUUGAAAUAGCAAAAGUUCACAUUUUAUCUACUGUAGCCUCCUGAAUGGCCUCUGUUAAGAGAAACAAUUCAUAUCCAUCAGGACUGAUAAGCUAACAGCUAGUCUCAGACCAGCAAGUGGUUGUUUAAUGAGAAAAUAUGGAAAUGUUUUAUAGAACGUGUAAAAAUCUGCAGCAGAUACUACAUGCUGAGCUUUCUGUGCAUCCAGGAAUCAAGGCCAGAAUCGUUCCUGUCAAAUGAGAAGUCCAUAGCAAAGAUUUAAAGAAUAAAGAUGAACCAAACCGGUAGAAUUUAGCUCGUUAAUAUUUUCCUGACCCAAAGCUGGUUGUUGUUUUGAAAGAACAACUCCAAACGUCUACAUUUCCCUGUGGUUCACACACAUCUCUUGUUACUAUUUCAGCAGAAAUAAUCAUAAUUUCCUGCUGCACCUGAAUGCAUCUGAAAGCUUUAGCUGAUCAGGCGUGAAGGGUGUAAACUAUUUCUCUCAACGGAGGCUGCUUAGAAAGUCAGUAAGAUGGGAAUUACUUGGAAGACAGUCAUUUCAAAAUGGCCUAAGUGUGUUGCUAGAGGAUCCCUUUCUGAUGGAGGGACUGGUUCUUCAGCGGACUGAUGGCGUUUGGCUUCGUCUGUUUCCACAGCUCAGGUUUCAGAUUCAUAACAGACUCUCAGUCGGACCUCUGUGAUUGGUCUCAUGUCCUGUGAUCUGUGUGUGUGAGGCACAUUCCCAAUCCUUCAGCAACACACUGAUUUAAACACUUGUACGACUGAUUUCAUUUUCAAACUGCUACACACACACACACACACACUGUGCUUUUGGGUGCUACCUUCACGCUCCACUGCCAUUGCUUUGCUGCCAUGUAGGUGAUGAAUGAAUGAGGUGUUUUACUGAGACUUGACACAUGUAGCCUUAGCAUCUCCACCUGCUACAUGAAGCUCUGACUGGACCACCAUUGUGUAAAUACUUGGGUCUACUUCCGGCUCAGGCUGGUAUCCCGCUAUCCUACACACUGCCACCAAUUCACCGUCUUACAGCAUCAUAGGGAUGCUUAUCUAAGGGGGAGCAGGUUGUCUAUUGGGAAUAAAUUGUGAAACUGCUGGGCAUUGUGUGAGGG